UGCUUACUGACCGCUGGUGAGAGUGAGAGACGACGUCUGACGAGUCGCAGAGAAGAAGAAAAAAGGAAUCUAUGGCGUCGGCGCUGUCGAGGAGGGCGAGGGGCUCGGCCACGGUGCUGUGGGGCGCGGCGAGGGGGUUCGCGUCGGUGGGGACCGACAUCGUCUCGGCGGCGCCCGGCGUGUCGCUGCAGAAGGCGCGGUCCUGGGACGAAGGCGUCGCCACCAAGUUCUCCACCACGCCUCUCAAGGACAUCUUCUACGGGAAGAAGGUGGUCAUCUUCGGCUUGCCUGGGGCAUAUACAGGAGUUUGUUCACAAUCACAUGUUCCUAGUUACAAGAACAACAUUGAUAAGUUGAAAGCAAAAGGAAUUGACUCUGUUAUUUGUGUAGCUGUGAAUGACCCGUAUGUCCUGAAUGGAUGGGCAGAAAAGCUACAGGCUAAAGAUGCAAUUGAGUUCUACGGCGACUUCGAUGGGAGCUUCCACAAAAGCUUGGAUUUGGAGAUAGAUCUGUCUGCUGCUUUGCUCGGCCGCCGAUCUCACAGGUGGUCAGCUUUCGUUGUUGAUGGCAAGAUCAAGUCAUUCAAUGUUGAGGAAGCACCCUCCAAUUUCAAGGUUUCUAGCGCGGAGGUGAUUCUUGACCAGAUCUGAGCUUACCAAUGAACCUGGGAUACCUUCAGUUUGCUCAUGCAGCAUGCUUGCUCAGCUGCAGCGAAUAAAUGAAAACCUCUCCUUUUACCUUUGUAAAAAUGCUAGGUGCUCUACUUCCAGACAAAAGUGUUAUGAGAUUAUUUUCGUGGAGUGAUCCAAUAAGCUCCCAUAUACUGUCUGGGGCACACCGCACUAAGUCUUUAACUGGACCGUGAAGGAUGAGUAUUCUGUAUUUGAUGCCCAA